AUGACGUCGGGCCACGACAAGCGCAAGCAUGUCGUGAUAGUAGGCGCAGGCGCCGCUGGCAUGUCAUGCGCGGCCACAUUGGCACAGCAUCCGGACAAGUUCAAGGUCACAGUGCUGGAGAGGAGCUCGGUGGCGGGAGGCCAAGCCACUUCCAUCUCUCUGGACGAGAGCAAGUUUGGCGCCAGCUGGAUGAACAAUGGCGUUCAGGGAGGCUCGCCGGUAAUGAAGCAACCAUGGCGAAACAAAACAUAUCUUGCACUACUAACACGGCUACCAAAGAUAUUCAAACACACCUUCCACUACUUCCACAAGUACGGCCACGACCCCGAGGAGGUAGAGCUCCAGGUCUCGUUCGGCAAGGGCCAGGACGGGUUCUGGACCAACUGCUUCCCCAGCAAGCUCGUCGAGCGCUUCUCGGGCGACAUCAAGAAGUUCGGCUUCUUCCUGAAGCUCGUGCGCUGGACGAUGCCCGUCCUGGGCCUCGUGCCCAUCCGCGUCAUGCUCCGCCUGCUCUUCUUCUCCCGCAACUUUGGCGACAAGAUGGUCUACCCGCUCAUCGCCCUCUUCCUCGGCACCGGCAACCAGACGGCCAACGUCCCGAGCGCCAUCGUCGAGCGCCUCUUUGACGACCCCAACAUGAAGCUGUGGGACUACGACGCGGAGACGCUCCUCCCCAACCUGCCCAAGAUGGUCACCUUCGGCAAGCUGGGCGCCUUCUACGACGACUGGCGGAAGGACCUCGCCUCGCAGGGCGUCGACAUCCGCCUCAGGACCGCCGUGGCGAGGGUCGUGUCGCGCAGCAGCAAGAAGGGCGUCGUCCUCGAGACCCAGCCCGUCGACGACGAGGGCAAGCCCACCGCCGCUUCCGCCACGACCGAGACCUUCGACGAGAUGGUCCUGUGCACCCUCGCCGACGACGCCCUCCGCCUGCUCGGCCGCACCGCCACGGCCCGCGAGAGGUUCGUCCUCGGCGGCGCCAAGUUCUACGACGACGUGACCGUCACGCACCACGACGCGGCCUACUUCAGGCGGCACUACGAGACGGCCUUCGACCCGUCGCUGUGCGCCGACCCCAAGUCCGCGAGCCAGAAGGAGCAGGUCGCCUUCGCGCGCGGCGACGACCCGGAGCGGCCGGCGGGGUUCCGCCCCAUGUACUACACCAAGAGCUACGGCCGGGACCCGCGCAAGAUCGAGAUGUCGUUCGACUGCAGCAACUACCAGCACCAGCUCAAGGCGGCGACGACGACGACCACCACCACCACCACCACCACCACCACCACGGGGGGACGGGACGACGGCGACGGCGACAAGGCCCCGGGCUACGAGCACGUCUACCAGAGCAUCUUCCUCGACAAGCGCAACGAGGAGCUGUGGACGUGGGACCAGAUCGACGAGGACAAGGUCAUCCAGCGCAAGUGGUGGCACCAGCUGGGCCACCGGUGGCAGCACUACCUGCGCGUCGUGCCGGGGAUGAUGUUCCUCAACGGCCGGAACAAGACCAUCUUUGCCGGGUCGUGGACUCUGGUGAACAUGCACGAGCUGGCGUGCGUGAGUGGCAUCGCGGCAGCGUAUCGUCUCGGGGCCGAGUAUCGAAAGUUUGACGACUUUGCAGAAGACUUUUUCAGCAAAUACUUGCUCCUAUCCCACGGGAUGUGGUAUUCGCGAGAGGAAAAGAAGAGGAAGAGAUAA